AUGCGUUGGUCCAACUUUGCUGCAGUUGCAGCCUCCUUUGGGGCCGCAUCUGCUGGAGUCAUCCAGGCAAGAAACCCUGAGAAUACCUGCUCCAACUCUCUCUUUACUGGGGAGAUUUUGCAUCUUUCACUGAACAUCGUCGAGUAUCCCGUCGUCGUUGACGUUGAGCUCGAGGAGAAUGCUAUUGUUACCAUUGACAGCACCAUUUUGAUUGAAUGCACCAAUGCCCCCACUCACCUACACACUACUGUCCUUGCUACUUCUACUUCCACUCUCACUAAGACUAUUUCUACUGCCACUGUCACUGCCACUGCUGCUGUUGGCACCUCUGAAACUACUGAAGGUGGCCAAGGAAUUUCUACUGUCGUGGUUCCUGUCACUUCCUCUGGCUCUUCCUCUGGCUCCUCGGAUCUCUCUGGCUCUUCCGGCAACAACCAUGUCGAUAAUGACCACAGUGUGGCCACUCAUAUUGGCACCAAGACUGAGCCCUCUACACAGGAGUCUCGCACCACCAAGGCUGUCGUUGAUGCCACUAGCGUUUCUCACAGUGUUGCACCAGUUGCUGGUGGAAAUGCCGUCGGUUCCGGUAUCAACACUAACCUGUACACUGCAUCGACCUCCAACACUGCCGUCCGGACUAUCGUGACCACUGCUUCUUCCGCUCUUGGACACAAGACUACCAAGACAUACACGACCACCAUGGCCUCUGUCACUGCCACCAUCUCUAGGGGCGAUUGGACCGAUUGGACCAAAUACAAGGCCAACGGAGUCAACCUCGGCGGCUGGCUCGAGCAGGAGCAAGUCUUGACCAAUAUUGGUGGGACCAACACGCCCCCGAGGCGGUCGACGAAUGGACAUUCUUGCGGCUCUGUCCUCGAGGAACGCUACGCGACUUUCGUAACCACCGCAGACAUCGACAAGCUCGCUGCUGUUGGCGUGAACACCCUUCGCAUCCCCACCACCUACGCUGCUUGGGUUACGGUCCCUGGCUCCGCCUUGUACCACGGUAAUCAGAAAGACUACCUGCAGAAGAUCUCCGUCUAUGCCAUUGAAAAGUACAACAUGCGCGUUAUUGUCGGUUUGCACUCUCUCCCCGGCGGUGUCAACUCUCUCGAUAUUGGUGAGAAAUCCGGCAACGACGGCUGGUUCUUCAACACUACCAACCUCGGCUACUCUCUUCAAGCUGUAGACCAGGUCCUCAACUUCUUCGUGGAGACUGGCUACCCCUGGGCUUUCACAAUCUCUCACAUCAACGAGGCCUCUGACAACCCCUCCGCUUUCGCCUCGCCCAACACGUUGACCACAAACGGAACCAACUGGAUUGUGAAGUACACCCAGGGUGUGCUUUCGCGCAUUGCCCGUGUCGACAAGCGCAUUCCUCUCAUGCUUCAGGACUGCUUCCUUGGUGAGGAGCACUGGUCUCCUCUCUUCCCUACUGGAACCAACCUCGUCAUCGACACACACGUUUACUACUUUGCCGCUUCCGGUGUCUACUCCCAGUGGGCUAAUGGUGCUAUUUGCGGUCAAGCGUCUGUUGUUGGUGGCGACGGCAAGUUCCCUGUCUUUGUUGGUGAAUGGGCUCUGCAAACCCUUUACAGCAACAAGUUUGCCAACCGUAAGAAUCUUUUCGAUACUCAGCGCUAUGCCUGGAGCUUCUAUGCCCAGGGUGACUCUUUCUGGAACAUCAAGCACAACAGCAGUGCGGCCGUCGAUGGACAGGGUACUCAGAAGGACUACUGGUCUUACGAGGGCCUCAUUGAUGCGGGUGUCAUUCACUCGGUCAAUACCACUGCCUCUUACUGUUAA